CGUGGCGUACGCGAUCUCAGAACGCGAUCAGAAACAAGCGAACUAGCGGGCAAGCUAGACGUGAACCGUGCGUGCAAAAACCGUGUGUUUUCUACCGGUCCCGGAAAGGAAAGUGGAUUUUUUGCAAAAUAUCUCGUGUGUGGGUGCGUACGCGUAUUCGAAAGAAGAACCACCUUAAGUGUGUUUUGCGUGUGUGUGUAAAUUUGUGUCGGAUUGAAGAACCGAACAUCUUCAAUACAGCAAAAGGCGUAAAACUACGACGCAGUGAAGGUUGUUUUGUUUUUUGCUGAAAAAGCAAUUGUUGCUUUAAUCCAAGCAACCAACUUGCUAGAAACAAGUGCCAACGGAGAGUGUGUGGUUCAUCAGGGUGCAGUGAAACGGUGCGUCAAAGUAGAUAGUGGAAGAGGCGUGCUCCACAAAUACUACUGAGGGAGAAAUUCGCCAAAAAGAAAAAAAACCGAUCAAGGACGACUUCAUCGACGUUGGUGGCGUGCGGCGUCCGAAAGCGAACAGAUCAGCACACGUGUCCUGGUGUUUAGAGAAACCUUUUUUAAAAUCGCUCAAAAAUGAAGACUAAUCGUUCGUUACCGUUGCGGUUUGUGGCAAUUUUGGGACUGUUAGCGAUACUGCUUCCCACAGCCGAAUCCUGCAGCUGCCUUCCACAGCAUCCCCAGACGGCUUUCUGCGAGUCGGAGUACGUGAUCGUUGCACAAGUGCUACGUCGAACGGCGUCAAAGGACCGCCCAUCCAUGGAUGCAUACAAGAUUGCUAUCAAGAAAGAGUAUAAGAUGAGUGACGAGGCACGGAAAUUGUUGCGCCACGGAAAACUCUUCACACCCUCGAUGAGCUCGCUGUGUGGUAUUACGCUGGAACCGAACAAGCUGUACGCGAUCGCAGCCAACAGCGAACAGGUUGGGCUGUGCGACUUCGUCCGUCCGUAUGCCGAUCUGUCGAUCGUCGAAAAGCGUGGCCUGGCUGGCAUCUAUCGUAAGGGAUGCAAGUGCAAGAUUAACCUGUGCUGGAACCAGAAGUGCAACCAGCGGAUUGGAUCGUGCAACUGGACACCGUUCGCACCGAAGGGUAUCUGCGAGACGAGCUACGGUUCGUGUGUACCGGCCGGCGUGGUCAAGGAGGACGGAACCCCGAUCAAGUGCCAUUGGCGUCGAUCGCCCCGUUUCGGCCAGUGUAUGGCUAAAAAUGGUGGCAAAUAAGCACACACGAUGGACAGAUAAAAGCACACAAGGGAACAUACGGAAGGAGCUCAUUAUCGUGAGCGACAGUGCCUGCCUGUCAGGUGGUUAGAUUGUUGUUAUAAACCAUUUAUAUAUACUGUUUUGUUCCGAGCGUGCCCUUAAGCACGGCUGAAGGUUCCCUUUAUUUAUCAAACACGUUACGAAGGUCGCUCAAGAAAUACGCUCCAUUUUGCUUGUGACCACGGACCAGAUUGUAGUGAAAAGGUCUCAAAUUGUGUAAAUUAUUUCCUGCACACACGCACACACUAACACCCAGAACAGAGAGCAAUAUAAAACAUCCCCGUAGCAAAGGAGCGCAAUGAGUGAAUGUCAAAUCAUACUUUUGUUAAGUACAAAUUACGAUUAGCCACAAGUGUACACGAACACACCAAACAACGAAUGGGGCAGAAUGGGCGUCAAGUCAAGGGAAAUGCGUAUGGAGAUUGCAAAGGUUUGUGUGUACAAGUGGAACCGAGAGGUGAUGAUAUUUUCAUGAAUAAAUUAUUGGAAUAUAAUUAGUGUAAAAAA